AUGGAUUCAUGGUAUUUGCCUUGGCUUCUGCUGAGCGAGGUUCUCUUUGUGGUGGCUGGCCUGGCUCAUCUUGGAAGCUUUGUAAUAGAUAUAGAUGGUGGCAAGGACAAGGACAUAUUUGACAUCAAUGAAGCUUUGGGACUGAACCUUUUUGAGGGAGACAUCAAUCUUGAGGGGAAAGAAAGAAAUUCCAUUAUUGGUGAUCAAUAUAGAUGGCCUCACACCAUCCCUUACGUCCUUGAAGACAGUCUGGACAUGAAUGCCAAAGGAGUUAUCCUGAAUGCACUUGAACGGUAUCGUUUAAAAACCUGCAUUGACUUUAAGCCGUGGGAAGGGGAAGACAACUACAUUUCAGUGUUCAAAGGAAGUGGGUGCUAUUCUUCAGUAGGGAAUAGACAUGUUGGCAAACAGGAACUUUCCAUAGGAUCUGGUUGUGACAGAAUAGCCACAGUUCAACAUGAGUUCCUCCAUGCCCUGGGAUUCUGGCAUGAACAAUCUCGUUCAGAUCGAGAUGACUAUGUCACAAUAAUGGAGGACAGAAUUGAGUCAGGAAAGGAGCACAAUUUCAAUACUUAUGAUGACACAGUAUCAGACUCUCUGAAUGUUCCCUAUGACUACAUAUCCGUGAUGCACUACAGCAAAACUGCCUUCCAAAAUGGAACAGAACCAACAAUCGUGACCAAGAUCCCUGACUUCUUGGAUGUGAUCGGACAACGAAUGGAUUUCAGCGAUUAUGACCUUGAGAAACUGAGUCGGCUCUACAACUGCUCUUCUUCCUUAACCUUUUUGGACUCAUGUGAUUUCGAACUGGAAAAUAUCUGUGGCAUGAUUCAAAAUUCAGAAGAUAAUGGUGACUGGCAGAGGGUUUCACAGGUGUCUGGUGGGCCUGACACUGAUCAGUCAUACCAGGGCAAGUGCAAAGACUCCGGCUUCUUUAUGCACUUUGACAGCAGCUCUGUGAACGUGGGGGAAAAGGCAGUCCUGGAAAGCCGCAUAUUUUAUCCCAAGAGAGAGUUUCAGUGCUUGCAGUUUUUUUACUACAACAGCGGUAGCACUGAUGACCAGCUCAAGAUCUACGUCAGGGAGUAUACCUCAGACAAUGGUGAUAGCUCCCUCACUCUGGUGGAUGAAGUGAAAGAUGCACCCAUUGGGAGCUGGCAACUCUAUCAUGUACCAUUGGCAGUUACCACCAAAUUCAGGGUGGUAUUUGAAGGAACUCGAGGUACUGGCACAACAACUGGUGGUCUCUCCAUCGAUGACAUCAAUCUUUCAGAAACACGUUGUCCUCAUUAUGUGUGGAAGAUAGACAAUUUUUCACAAUACAGUAACUCAAAUGAAGGCAUCGUUAGCCCACCGUUUUAUUCUCCUCUAGGCUAUGCCUUUGAGGUUUGGUUAGAUGUACGUGAUGAGACCAACAUAGGGAUAUAUUUCUCCCUGAUCUCUGGAGCCAAUGAUGAACAGUUACAGUGGCCGUGUCCAUGGCAACAAGCCACAAUGACGCUAUUGGAUCAGAAUCCUGAUAUUCGUCGGCGCAUGUCCAACCAGAGGAGUGUGACUACAGAUCCCACUGAGAAAACUGAUGAUGAAGACUUUCUUUGGGACAAGCCCUCCAUAGUAGGAGUGACAGCAACUUUCCCUAAUGGAACAUCAUAUAGCAGAGGUCCACGAUAUGGAACCAGUAACUACAUAAGUCGCCUAAGGAUGCAAAGCAGAGAUUUUAUCAAAGGAGAUAAUGCUUACAUGCUUCUGACUGUGGAAGAUAUAUCAAAUCUCCUUUCUACUGAACCAUCACCUGUCCCUUCAAAGGAGCCAGUCACUCCAACGAAUCCUGAAGCAAAUCUCUGUGAGAACUUCGUUUGUCAGAAUGAUGGCGUCUGUGUUAUCCGUGAUGACAAAGCAGAAUGCAGGUGUCAAUCAGGGAAAGACUGGUGGUAUGUUGGAGAAAAAUGUGAGACUAAGGGCUCCACCAGGGACACCAUCGUUAUCGCAGUUUCAUCCACUGUGGCUGUAUUUGCUGUUAUGCUGAUAGUGACUCUUGUGAGCAUCUACUGUGUUAAGAAGAAAUACAGAAAAAUGAGCAGUGCCAAUAUAUCUGAUAUGACCUUAGGAAAUAAGAACACAUCUUUCUGAAAAUAUUUUUGAAGAUAUUAAACAGCAACAACAUCGACAACAAAAAUAAAUUGGAAAAUGCCUUGCCUACUCAUCAUGGAUUCACCCAGGAACAAAUUUCAGCUGUGGGAAAUGACAGUUUUUGUAACUUGUAAUCAUUUUUACUCUUCUGAAAAUAUGCUCUCAGUCAAUAAUUGGAAGUAUUAUCAAUGGAUUUUCUUUUUCAU